GGCGUGGGGGUGCCCGCCCGGUACCCCGCCGAAGGGCGGUGGCGGAGCGGGGCUUCCGCGUCCGGGUCGCGGCGGUGCCGGGAGGCGGUGCCGGCGCGGCGGGGCUGGGGGACACCAUGGCCUUGCGGUGGUGGUGGCGGAGCGGCGCCUCGUGCUGCCGGGCGCCGCCGCUGGGCUCCGUGGGCAGCUCCGGCCCCCGCGCCCCGCCGGCCCCCAGCGCGGCGAUGUGUCACAUUACCCAAAGAAGUUCAACUUUCUUGUUUCCAAAAAUAUGUAGUAUAUUUUGGCGGAGUUUGCAAGAGAGGGAAGAAAGUAACAGAAUAGUUGGGUUGCCAGAAGUGAAGGCUCUAUCUCCAAGUGUGGGCUACGCUAUCCAUAAUGUAUUCAAAAGGAAUACAAGGAGAGCAAGGUUUCAUCAUACAAGUACAUCCCACUGGUGCAGCUGCAGUAAGACAAUUAGUGAUGAAAAAUACCAAGACCCCUUUCAACUAGGUAGAAAAGACUUGAAGAAUCUCUAUGAAGAUAUUAAAAAGGAAUUGCUGGUCUCUGCAGCAGAACUUAAGGAAAUGUGUGAUUAUUACUUUGAUGGGAAGGGAAAGGCCUUUCGACCAAUGAUUGUGGUGCUAAUGGCUCGGGCUUGCAACAUUCACCAUAAUAAUUCCAAGGAGGUGCAAGCAAGCCAGCGCUCUGUGGCCAUAAUUGCUGAGAUGAUCCAUACAGCCAGUCUAGUUCAUGAUGAUGUUAUUGAUGAUGCAAAUUCUCGCAGAGGAAAAAGGACACUUAAUCAAAUCUGGGGAGAGAGGAAAGCUGUUCUAGCUGGUGACUUCAUCCUCUCAGCAGCUUCUGUAGCUUUAGCACGAAUUGGAAAUACUACUAUCAUCUCUGUUCUAACUCAGGUGAUUGAAGAUCUGGUGCGUGGUGAAUUCCUCCAGCUGGGUUCCAAGGAAAACGAGAAUGAGAGAUUUGCUCACUACCUCGAGAAGACUUUUAAGAAGACAGCGAGUCUGAUAGCAAACAGUUGUAAAGCAGUUUCAAUUCUAGGCUGCCCUGAUCCCAAAGUUCAUGAGAUUGCAUACCAGUAUGGAAAAAAUGUUGGCAUAGCUUUUCAGCUGAUAGAUGAUGUGCUGGAUUUUACAUCAUGUGCUGACCAUCUGGGGAAACCAACAGCAGCGGAUCUCAAGCUUGGAUUAGCUACAGGUCCCGUCUUAUUUGCUUGUCGACAGUUUCCAGAAAUGAAUGCUAUGAUAAUGAGGAGAUUCAGUAAGCCAGGAGAUGUUGAACGUGCACGGAAAUAUGUGUUGCAGAGUGAUGGUGUGCAGCAAACGACCUACCUCGCCCAGCGCUACUGCCACGCCGCCACGCGCGAGAUCCGCAAGCUGCGGCCGUCCCCUGAGAGAGAGGCCCUCAUCCACCUGACAGAAAUGGUUCUCAUGCGAGACAAGUGAGAGCUCCUUCCACUCAUUCUGGCAGCUACUUACCAGACUGUGCCUAAAUUUAUUUCAGAAGUUAUUUGCUUCCAACACAAGCUACCAAAAAUUAUUUUUUUAAAAAAAAAUCUCUUUUUUUUUUAAAGUUUUUUUUUUUUUAAAAACAAAAGUUUGAAGUCUUUUAUUGCAGGAAGCCAUGCAAUUCAGAGCAAAUCAAACUGUGCUGUACAAUUGUUUUAGCAGGGGCUAUUGAUUGUGGGGGAUGGGGAAGAUGUUUACAUGUUGAUGCACAAAGGCCACAAUGAGAAUAAAUAUAAAUCAGUGUAUGAAAACUGAAGCUGUUCCAAGUUUCACUUGUUUACACUAAUAAACAGAGCAUGCAUGUACAGGAGCUCCUGUGAAGAGAGAUGGUUUGGAUGCUUCCCAGCUGUUUAACAGAAGCACCUGGAAUUGUAUAUAGAGAUACUGGUUUACUGUAGAAGACUACAUGUGGAUUUACUUGGUUAUAUAAAAUGAGUUCCAAUUCAUGCUAUUGGUGGCUACCAAUGAUGCAGAAUUUGAGACUGCUACCAAAUGAAUGCUUUUGUACAGAAAACCAAAGGCUUGGUAUUCCUAACUCACACUAAAAAUAAAU